UUAUUUUUAGAAGCAUGCAUCGCUGUUCGUUGAGUUGUUGCGGAAAGAAACAGGUCUUUCACUUUGUAAGUGAUCACUGUCUUUGCUGGGGUUUCUUUCAAUGAUUUGAACAGCAGAGUCUCGAAAGAAGUUUCUUUGAUUGGUGUAACCCCUUCUGUAUUUCCAUGUUGACCAACACGUCUUUGUUGCUAAGUUCGUCAAAUACGACAACAACUUCGCCAAUCUCAAGUUUAACCGAAGUUACUCCAGGUGCAGUCGAUGAACAGAUUUUCUUCCAAACCGCCGCUGCUCGUGGAAUUUCGGGUAUCUUUGUCUGGUUAUCUCUAAUUAUAACCUGCCAUCAGAUUUAUCAACAUUUAAAGUACUACACAAACCCAAAUGAGCAAAGAUGGAUUGUGAGGAUCCUGUUUAUUGUUCCUAUCUAUGCAUUUGAUUCCUGGCUGAGCUUGUUGUUCUUUGAACAAUCUUAUUACGUCUACUUUGACAGUAUCAGGGAUUGUUAUGAAGCAUUUGUUAUCUACAACUUCUUGAGUUUGUGUUAUGAAUAUUUGGGAGGGGAGAUGUCAAUCUUAAGUGAGAUUAGAGGACGACCAAUCAAAGCCAGCUGGUUAUGGUGCACAUGUUGUUUAACAGGAUGUCAAUACACUAUAGUUUUCUUAAGAUUCUGUAAACAGGCCACCCUUCAGUACUGUGUUAUAAAACCUAUCAUGGCAGUCAUUACCCUUAUUCUUCAGCCACUUGGUUACUACUCUGACGGAGACUGGAGAGCUGACCGUGGCUAUUUGUACAUCACAAUAGUUUACAACAUCACAGUAUCACUGGCUCUGUACGCAUUGUUUCUGUUCUAUCAAGCUACACGAGAUCUUCUUAGUCCUUACUAUCCUGUGCUGAAGUUUUUUACCAUAAAAUCAGUAAUUUUUCUGUCGUUUUGGCAAGGUGUUCUGCUAGCUGUGCUAGAAAAGGCUGGAGCCAUCAGAACAUAUCGCGACAUAUCCGCUGGAACAAUUGCAGCCGGUUACCAGAACUUUGUGGUAUGCAUAGAAAUGUUCUUCGCUGCCAUUGCUCUCAGAUAUGCCUUCCCAUACUCGAUUUAUCGCCAUCAGAGAAAACUUGACGAGCGGGGGCAAGGAAUCGCGUUGAAAAGCAUCUCUAGAAAUCUGAGACAAACGAUAAAUCCCAAAGAUAUUGUAGAUGAUGCGAUACACAACUUCUCUAGGUCUUAUCAGCAUUAUGCAAACGCGCAGAAUCUAAAAACUUUAAACGAAGAAAGCGCUAUGCAAGCGAACUCUUUCACUUCAUACCGGAGCACUGUUGUGGACAACUUAGAAUCAAUUAAACCUGGAAUGCAAGUCACUGUUCUGGAUGGCCAAGGAUUCAGAUACGAUAAUGAGAAUUCCACGUUACUUGCUUCUGACGAGGAAUUUUAGUGUUUGUUACCUCUUCACUGUAAUAUUCGGCAAGCACUGAAGUUAAAUUAAAAGAAAACAAAAAACAGAAGGACGAAGAAGAAAACAGGGACAUUUUAUCUUAAGUUUGACUCGGAAAAUUUGAGGAAAUGGAGACUGACGUUAAUCUUUUGGCGAGAAUCGAGGAAUCGAAUACGUCCUCGGCCAUUCUUGUAUACUAUACAGAACGAACAAGACGUAUUGAACAGGAAAAGGAAAAGGAAAAAGUGCUCUGAAAAUUGAUGAAACUACUUUUUCGAUGGUUCAUGAGCGAAAAAAAAUGGAUUGUGGUAUGCAAGCGUUUAUUUGCGUCCCGUUAAGAGUAGAAGGUUAAUACUGUCUUUUUGAAACAAUAUCUAGUGGACUUAUAGCAUGACAUCCUUACUCUAUAAUCUGAGGUGUAAAUGACUUCCUUUUUUUUUUUUCAUUACAAAGAAUUGAACCGUUCGAGCAAAAAGGUGCAAAGGUAUUCUUCUCUCUGAUUAAGCACAGUGUGAACCUGGCAAACAGUUUCUCAAUCUAAGUUCCUUGCGUUAGCUUUAAACUGUUGUAAUUGAUUCUGUCAGAUCGUAAAUAUUACGCUUCCAUAAGUAUAUUUGGUUGUUGAUAGUUGAUUAAAACUCUAUCCAGUUAGAAUCUUAAAAAUAGUGGACAAUCCCAUUGAAAUUCUUGGUGAAAAAAUAUCCUUGCAUCAGCGAGCAAGACAAACUUCUCAAUUUUUGCAGUUUAGUUUUUUCUCCGAAACUCACUUGUUUUAUAGUUGUGACAGAUUGGAUCUCUAGAUGCAUCGUUUGUUUGUUUACGUUACCCAAGAUUGAAACUAGUUUGUUGUUGUUUACCCUAGAAAUCUGCUUUUAGUUAGAAGACGCGAGUGCUUUUAAAAAAGUUUGCAGCCUAAAAAGUAAUUUAAAUCAGUUUUGGAGACGUUUAUUGCUCUGUCAUUAGUUCCUCUUGGCAUAAAUGAUGUACGUUUGGCUAAGCAACAAAUGUCCUUUGUAAAUUGUAAAUUUCUUGUCAAGAUAUUACUAUUUAUUCCUACCUGUGCCAUUCAGUUCAUUUUUAUAUGUGAACUUCUUCCGUUCAGGAGUUGAUGUAAAUAGUGCUUUCAUUAUAACUGAAUAAAAAUCACUAAGUGUUUCAAGA